CUAAAGCAAACCCCCAGUCCACCUCCGAGGAGAAGUAAAGCCAUAGCUACCCUUCACGCAGGAGCAGGAGUAGGAGUUACAGCUUCCCCUCGCGUAGGAGCAAGAGCCGCACUCCAGCUUCCCGUCGUAGUAGGAGUAGAAGCUCACCACGUGGAACUAGGAGUCCUUGUCCCUCCCACCACCGGAGUAGGAGCCACAGUCCCUUUGAACACCGCAGUCGGAGUAGAAGCCGCAGGAUAAGUCAAAGCCCUCCUCGGCGGAGCAGAUCACCAAGUGUCUCUCACAAUAAGAGCAGGAGCAGAAGCCCAGCUAACCAACGGAGUGGGAGCUUUAAUUCUGGCGAAAGAAAAAGUAGGAGCCCAAGCCUCCCACGACAGAGAAACAGAAGUGGAACCAUGUCAAGUUUCGAUAGUGAAAAUUACAAUGCCAACCAAGAACAAAGAGAUGGGUUUGAGAGGAGCCAACACACUGGGAACAUACGCAGUAAUAAUAAUAGUUACAGCAGCAGCCCCUUGAGUAACUGCCCACCAAUGCACAAGAACAGGUCUGGUACUCAAGAACAAGUGUCUAGGCAAGAGGCAAUGCGGUCAGAUGUUCCAAUUUCUGAGCAGAUGAAGAUUGCAGCUGACCAGGACCAAAAGGAAAGAACCUCCAUUGUCGAGCUACAGGAGCGUAUUGCAAGGGAUCUCAUGGAUCCUCAUACCCAGAACCUCUUAAAAGAAUUAUUGAAACAGAGUAAAAAGACAGCAGAAGAGAAGGAGUCCCCUAUGAAGGAUGUUUCUCCUGAUCCUGCCACAGUAGCUAGUGAACUGGAAGAACUAGGGAUGGACCUUGAGGAAGUGGGUGAAGAAGUUGAUGACAUCUUUGGAAAAUCAAUGUCCAGAUCUGUAGAAGAUUCUAUUGGGAACUCUUUCCAAGAGGGGCUGGAGCGUGGGAAAAGGCUAAGGCAGGUGCAGGCCAGCACCAAUCCCUCACCACCUUCCAGGGAAAGGGGACAUGAGCCAAAGCCUUCUUCCCGUGGCCAAGAAACCAGGUAUCCCUCAGACUGGAACCUAAAAUCUACAGUGGAAGAUUCUAGGAAGCACUUACACUCCUCACUGCAGUCUUCAGAGGAACCCACUGUAAAGGGUGUUCCUGAUGAUGCCAAGUCCAGCGGCUCAUCUUUCUGGGUCCCAGCUUUCGACUGGCAUAAAGCACAGAAAGUCAAGAAGGACAUGAGCUAUCAGUCUGGUGCCAAUGAUUGGGAGGUGGAGACACCAUAUGUCCAGAGGAAGGAAAAAUUGGGAGAGAGACAAGCAGCCCAUCCCACAGUAAAGGAGACCAAGCAGAUGGUACCUCCAUCUGCGAACUCUUCUUCAUCCUCCUCCUCAUCGAGACUCCCUCCAGUACCUGCCAUGACUUCUCAGCUUGAUGAGGAGGCUACUGCUAGUAGAAUUACAGAGCUGAAUAAAGAUAAAGUUCCACAGUCUAGGCCUAUGCUCUUCCCCAGUGGUCAUUCUUACUCCCCCAGUGUACCUCCACCUUCCUCACAGACAAGAGCACAUAGCAGUAGGUCAGCCAUACCUUCUCCAGGUGACGAGGCAACGGAUGACCAUGAACCUCCAGUGCAAGUGCGGUCCAAGAGUAAACGGCAAAAGACAGGAAAGUCAAAACAAAGGAGAAGCUACGAUUCAGGUUCUGACUCAAGUGCAGAGGAUAAGAAGACAAGUAAGAUGCAUGAAAGAGAAGUAAAGGAGUUGGAAGAUCCAGUACAAAAGCUGAUGCAGAAGAGAGAGACUCUAUUGAAAAGAGCCAGGUUUCUGACAGAGCAGAAAGAUCUGAUGAUGAAUCAGAGGGAAGAUAUCAUUAGUAAUCACAAAGGAGACAAGAGCAGUCUUAAUAAUCUCCUGCAAGAAAACUGGUUCCUUGUGAAAGAGAUGGGAAAUCAGAUAACGAAGAUUAACCAUAUGGUUAUUGAAUUUGAGAAAGAGAUUGAGGUUUUAAAGCCAGGGAACCAGCCAUUGCCGAGAGCAGAAAGCCCACAGAGGAGGAGAAGUCGGUCUCCUCCAGCCAUGAGGUUUUGUGGACCAUCUCGGCAGUAUGAGCAUGGGAAGACACCAGAGAGGAAUUAUAAGCAUGUGGAGGCAUCUUAUAGAAAUGAAUCAAAAGGCUAUGAGUAUCCAGAACAUCGCCGAUCCGUUUCACCAGCUUCAGGAAAGCAUAGGUCACGAUCUCCAGCUGCUGCAGGCCCACACAGAAUAAGUUCUCCAGCUGCAAGACAGCAAAGGUCCCGAUCUCCUAAUGUGAGCAGGCACAAGUCACGCUCUCCAAAUGCUGGGCGACACAGAACAAGGUCACCAGUAUCAGGUGGCCAGCAGCAAAGGCUGUGGUCUCCAUCAGGGGAGUACUCCAAGGAAUUUCAAAGAGCACCAUCUACCUCCAGAAAGAGAACAACAGCUAGUAAACCCGAUGGAGAAAAAAGGCAGCAAGACAUGUACAGGAAAAAGGAGGAACCAAAAGAAGAAAUUGAAGGGCUGCAGUAUCCACAAGGUUUUGUUCAGAGGACAUAUAUUCGCUACUGUGACCAAGGCAUGCAUUGGUGUAAGCUGUGCAGCAUAUUCUGUGAGAGCAUUCCUGAGUAUGUGGAUCAUCUUCUCAGUUCAUCACACUUAGCAAAGUGUAAAUAUGAUCGGAAGACAUGGUUGGCCAAAGCCCCAAAGGAGGAGAAGGAACCCAAACCACCAAAUGCAACAGCUCUUAUUGUUCCAGUUCAAGGUGUGGAAUUUCUUCACUCGCUCACAUCUUAUUACUGCUCCCUCUGUGAUGUCUUCAUGAGAGACAAGGGUGAAGCUGUCAGACAUCCUGAGUCAAAGAUACACACUUCAAAUUACAAGAUGCAUUUGGUGAAGAAUCCCAUGUAUGAGGCAUCUCUUGUCAAGACCAAGGCAGCAGCUUAUGCCAAGUAUAGUGUUGAGCAAGCACGGUAUAUGGUGGAGGCAAAAAUGAAGCUGAAGGAAAAGAUUGCAACAGAUGAAAUUGAGGAGAAACUGCUGAGGCAGAUCAAGCAGAAGAGGGAUAUGGUAAGACAAGAGAAGGAAGAGAGCACCGAGAUUAAUGAAAAAGUGGAAAAAGAGAGAAGUCAGAGGCAGGAGAGCAAGAAAGAGAAGAAUGAAAAGCGUGAAAGGGAGAAGAAGGUGGGAGAAUCUGACUCCGGGAAGACUCUUGACCACAAAAAUGAGUCAUCUGUAACACAGACUCAGGCUUCUGAGAGCAAAGAGUACAAAGAUACAAGUACAAGAAGUGAGUCCAAAAAGGAAAGAGGUUCUUCCAGGGAAGUCAUUACCAAAGAUCUUAAGACAGAGGGAGAUGAAGCAGCUUUUGCAGAUGGAUCAUACAAAGACAGUCAGGAUGAUGAAAAGAAAAGUGCAGCACCCAAAUUACCUCUUAUUGGAAAAAUGCCAUUUUUGAAGAAGAAACAGCAGUCGUCAGUACCCAAGCGUAAAGAAUCAUCGAAAGAAACAAAGCAAGAUAUAGUUGGAAGCAGUAACCUUGUACUAGACCCAAAGAUGGAAAUUUUGCUGACAGAGGAGGAUCAGAAAAUUGACUUGUCUGAUAACAUUGCUUGGGUAAUGUGUCAAGAGAAUGAAAACCUGAUAGUGAACGUUACAGAUCCCAAGACCAUAGCUGAAAGUGAAUAUCCUGUUGUCAGUGAUAUGGAUGUGUGCCCUCUUACUGGUGAGUACACUGGCUAUGAAGAGCAGAGUGGCAAAGUUACAAACCAGGAUGAGGAGGAAUACAGUUGUUUAGAUGAUUUGAAUACCUCCGAGUGUAUGGAUAUAGAAGAUGAUGAGCCCACAGAAUGUGCUGCUGCUGCAACAUUAAAGGCUUUAGAUUUACUGAGCAUCCCCCUGCCUGGAUUCAAAUCAGCAAACAAAACCCCUCUGCCAUCAGAUAUCCCCCUCCCUCCUAAAACAGAUGAAGCCUCCAAGAAUCAAGAUAAUUGUGAUUUGCCUCUUCCACCUGGAGAGGAAAGCUACCCAGUGACACACUUUGAAAUGGAUAAUGAUUCCCAGGAGAUAUUAGCAGCAGCUAAUGUGAUCCAGGAUGUUCACAGGGAUUGUGGCAGUGGUAGCAAUAGUCAGGACAGUUUCCCGAUUGUAGGACUAGUGAGUAACCAAGGAGGAGCUGACAUACCUGUGCCACCAGGAACUGAAAAUGUAAGUUCAGACCUACAGGUGCC